AUGAAUAACAUGGAAUAUAAACCAUACAGAAUCGCAAUUUCUAGAAAAGUAACGACAUGUAUAAACGCAGUUGCAGGUACAACGAGGCAGGUUGAUUUAUCCUUUUCCACAAUUUCUGCCAUUUUAAAUGAAUGUGGUCACAAUGACCUAAAGAUUUAUGCCAUAUUUAGAAUUGUACAAAAUGUGCUCGAUAUGUGCGAGCCAGGCUGUCAAAUUUACCUCAAUAAAAAAUCAGUUUGGCCAUUUGCACACUUGAUACGCGGCUUACUCACACUAAGUGACUAUGCAAGGGUCUCUGUGCAAUUCCGAGGUUGUCUAUUGGUGAAGAUGUUGAAACUCUUUGCAAACUCAUGA